CAGCGCGGCCGCGGCGUGCAGCAGUCCGCGCCACGCCGGGCCCCCGCCAGCCCGCGCCGCGCCGCCAUGAGGGCGCGCGCGCUGCUUUCGCUGCUGACCGCGAUUCUGGCGGUUACCUACACCAGCGCCGAGAAGAGCAAGUUCUAUUAUAUGGACUCGCUAUGCAAGGACCAUUUUCUACAGCGACAAUAUCGAAAAGUGGAUGGAGGAGUACUAUGGUCUCGAAACGAGAGAAAUCUGGACUGUACAGUCACAUUCCAGACGCACAGUAUCCUGCAGCGGUUCAUGCUGCACUUCGAUCUGCUCCAGUUGGACUGCAACGACCAUCUGUACGUUUAUGAUGGUGCUCAUGCGACUGCGCCGCCAAAGGCCGACCUGUCUUGCCGUAACACCAAGCAGCAGGUGGGGGCUCUCUUCACUCGCAGCAACUUUGUGACGCUCAAGUACGUCACCGACAACUGGGGCACUGACGCCAACGGGUUCAAGCUCGUCAUCACUGCUGUGAAAGACCCUAAGCACGGGUGCAAGGAGUUCCGGUGCAAGCAGCGCGAAUUCUGCGUGAGCGCCGACCUCACUUGUGACGGAGUCGACCACUGCGCCGACGGUUCCGACGAGGACACCGCUUCGCUUUGCCCCGAGAGUGGCAGCGGCGGUGCGGUGAGCGCGUGGGUGAUAGCCAGCGCAGGCGCAGCACUGCUAACGGCACCGUUGAUUGCAAUUACGCUGUGCUGCAUUUGCCGCCGCAACGCCGCCCACCAGCGCACACAUCUGCAUUUACAACAAAUGGCGAGCAGCAACGGCGCCGGCGGCAAGACGGCGAACGACUCGCCGUGCGGCAGCGAGACCAAGCUGCCGGGAAACUGGGCGCACCCUGCGGGCCCGCGCGGGUACAGGGCGGCGCGCCCGGGCCGCCUCCGGGCGCGGGCGUCGCGCUGAGCGCCGCCGCCCCGCACAAGGACGAGUGGUUCGUCUGAGGCGGCCCGGUCGGGCCCGCAGGGGAGGGGGCGCCGUACCGGCCCCCGGCUCCGCCGCUGCGUAGCGACCCGCCCAUCGAGGCGCUACGCUCACCUACCAGCGCCCCUGGACUUCAUUUUCAAACGGCUUGCGGUUCGGAGGAAAGCGAUCUGGGAUCUGUUAACACUGCCACUUAAUUUCGUGUCGUAGUGACUACUGCAACAACGAUGGGGGACAGCUCUGUGUUCGAUUCGGUGUAGGUAUUUAUCAUGUUCAAAAUUUGUCUAUCAGUUUGGAGCAAUAUUAAUCUUAGGAUGUCGUAGGUUUCCGCAAACUUUGGGAAUAUACUCCAGGUAGGGCGCUCGGCGAGAGGGUGGUCGAUCGUCGAAGGCCUCUUUCGUGGCCCGGAUCACCGGAGACGAGCGACGAGCGCUCGCCGCGACUGCCGCGUCCCACGACGCUAGAGUCGCACAAUGGCGAUCGCUAGUCGCGGAUUAGACGCGGCGCGGCCCAUUGCGCGUUGCAUUUGGCUGUCGCGUCGGUGUCGGUUACGCGUCGCAGCAAUGCGUAAACGACGCCGAUCCUCGACUUUUAUAGUUUUGUUAAUGACGACUUUUCGGUAAUAGCUAAUAAUAGAUAAUAAGUAUGACAAUGGGCUCGCGCCGACGCCGGUCCCUAGCGUUUCCACAAAUAUCAACCUGCAACUUACGCAUAUCGUGAAUAAUCACGUGACAUAUAUCAGUCACCCGUAUGGUAUACUCGCGGUGCGCUGGCGCCGGGCGCGCCGCGGCCCCUGGCCAUUGGACCAUGUCCAUCCUUGGCGCCCGGGCCACCGCACAUAUUAAGGAUCUAUCCGAACGUAUCUAUGUAUGUAAUACCUAAUUUAGCGAGGAUUUUUUUAGGUGAAUUUUUACUCGUUUAGUGGAAGGCGCGUUGCGAGUGCGCGCGCGCCGCACGCGUGUCGUGGGUGUCCAGUUUUUGGUGUUAACGAUAAACGCAAUGUAAAUUUAUCGAUAUGACAUUAAACAUUUUUGGCUUAUUGU